AUGGCGCAGCGCAUGGGGGCCUCCAAUGAGGAGGCUGAGGAACCAGUCUGGGAGAGGGAUGACGGCAGCUUGGACCAGGAUGGUGGCAGUGAGGUGGAGACAGCAGGUUACUCGGAGGAUCACUUUGCCUUAGAAACUCCAGCUGUCACCUCGGGCGCAUCAGUAACCGAUGCCAAGGCCCUGAGCGGUGGAGGGCUGGCCACAAGCAAGUGUCCCCAGGCAUCCCACAAGCCCCGUGCUCUGUCCCCGCAACCACUGAAAGCACCAGUGAGGAAGGUGGAUGAGAUCCUGGGGGACCAGCCAACCGCCAAGGAACGGGUGUUCGCUGCCCUGAAGCAGUUUGCGGCACAGCAGCGAGUUGAUGACCUGGUGUGGGCGCUCACCCUGGUGCUGCCCAGAGAGGCCCGUGCACCACUCAUGGACAACCUCAGACCGGCCCGCGCUCUCUUCUCGCUUCCAGGGAGCCCGGCUGACAAUGCUUCCCUCAAGUCAGGUGACCGGAUCCUCUUCCUCAAUGGACUGGACAUGAGGAACUGCUCCCAUGACAAGGUGGUGUCCAUGCUUCAAGGCAGUGGCGCGGUGCCCACGCUGGUGGUGGAGGAGGGGCUUGUCCCGUUUGCCAGCGACUCCGAUUCUUUGGAUUCCCCCAACCCGUCCUCGGCGCUCACCUCCCUGCAGUGGGUGGCAGAGAUCCUACCCUCCAGCAUCCGGGUUCAGGGGAGGACUUUCAGCCAGCAGCUGGAGCACCUACUCACGCCUCCCGAGCGCUAUGGGGUCUGCCGGGCACUUGAGAGCUUCUUCCAGCACAGGAACAUUGACACCCUCAUCGUGGACGUCUACCCUGUGCUGGACACACCUGCCAAGCAAGUCCUUUGGCAGUUCAUCCACCAGCUGCUGACUUACGAGGAGCAGGAGCUGUGCCGGGAGAAAAUCGCGUGUUUCCUGGGCUACACGGCCGUGACAGCAGAGCCAGAGCCCGAGCUGGACCUGGAGCCUGAGCCCGAGCCUGAGCCCGAGCCGGUGCUGGAGCCCCAGCGACGCAGCUCCCUGAGGGCCUCCUCCAUGUGCCGCCACAGUCUCCGGUCCCAGGGCCUGGAGGCCAGCCUCAGUUGCGGUCCCGGUGACUGUCCCGAGAUGCCUCUUCCUCUAAUCCCAGGCGAGCGCCAGGCAGGCGACGGCACGUCCCUCCCUGAGACCCCCAAUCCGAAGAUGAUGUCAGCCGUCUAUGCGGAGCUCGAGUCCCGACUGAGCAGCAGUUUCAAAGGGAAGGUGGGGACCACGUCCAGAUCCCGUGCCUCCCCGCCAGUGCCCAGCCCGGCAGGUGCAGCAGGGCCCAGGACCCUGUCCAGCGUCUCGUGGCCCAGCGAGCGGCUCCUGCCCUCCCCCUGCUACUACCCACUGUGCUCAGGGGGCCUGGCCUCCCCCAGCAGCUCUGAGUCUCACCCCUACGCCAGCCUGGACAGCAGCAGGGCGCCCUCCCCACAGCCAGACCCCGGGCCCAUCCGCUCCGACAGCCCCCCAAGUCCGGACCCUGCCCGCCCACCCAGCCGCAGGAAGCUCUUCACCUUCUCCCGCCCCAUGCGCAGCCGGGAUACUGACCGCUUCCUGGAUGUGCUCAGUGAGCAGCUGGGCCCCCGGGUCACUGUCGUGGAUGAUUUCCUGAGCCCUGAGAAUGACUAUGAGGAGAUGAGCUUCCACGAUGACCAGGGCAGCUUUGUGACCAACGAACGGAGCAGCGCUAGCGAGUGCAUCAGCAGCAGUGAGGAAGGCAGCUCCCUGACCUACUCCUCCGUCUCCGACCACAUCCCCCCACCCCCGCUCAGCCCCCCGCCUCCGCCACCUCUGCCCUUCCAUGACCCUAAGCCCAGCUCCCGCAUCCCCGACGGUCCUCGGGGCCCUGCUCAGACACUGGUCAAGCCCCUCACCCAACUCAGCCACCCAGUCCCUCCACCGCCCCCGCCACCCCUGCCCCCACCGGUGCCCUGUGCACCCCCCAUGCUGUCCCGGGGCCUGGGCCACCGCCGAAGUGAGACCAGCCACAUGAGCGUCAAGCGCCUACGGUGGGAGCAGGUGGAGAACUCGGAAGGCACCAUCUGGGGUCAGCUCGGGGAAGAUUCUGAUUAUGAUAAGCUGAGUGAUAUGGUAAAAUACCUCGAUCUGGAGCUCCACUUCGGCACCCAGAAACCUGCUAAGCCGUUGCCCGGGCCCGAACCCUUCAGGAAGAAAGAAGUGGUGGAGAUCCUGUCUCACAAGAAGGCCUACAACACCUCCAUCCUGCUGGCGCACCUGAAGCUGAGCCCCGCGGAGCUGCGGCAGGUGCUCAUGAGCAUGGAGCCCCGGCGCCUGGAGCCCGCGCACCUGGCGCAGCUGCUGCUCUUCGCGCCCGACGCCGACGAGGAGCAGCGCUACCAGGCCUUCCGCGAGGCGCCCGGCCGCCUCAGCGAGCCCGAUCAGUUCGUCCUGCAGAUGCUGUCGGUUCCGGAAUACAAAACCCGCUUGCGCAGUCUCCACUUCCAGGCCACCCUACAGGAGAAGACAGAAGAGAUCCGGGGCAGCCUGGAGUGCUUGCGCCAAGCCUCCCUUGAGCUCAGGAACAGCCGGAAGCUCGCCAAGAUCCUGGAGUUUGUGUUGGCCAUGGGCAACUAUCUCAACGAUGGACAGCCCAAAACUAACAAGACCACAGGCUUCAAGAUCAACUUCCUGACGGAGCUGAACUCCACGAAGACUGUGGAUGGGAAAUCUACCUUCCUGCACAUUCUUGCCAAAUCGCUGAGCCAGCACUUCCCAGAACUCCUUGGCUUUGCUCAGGACCUGCCCACUGUGCCCCUGGCUGCCAAAGUGAAUCAACGGGCCCUGACCAGUGACCUAGCUGACCUCCAUGGCACCAUCAGUGAGAUACAGGCUGCUUGCCAGAGCACGCCCCCCUCCAGUGAGGACAAGUUUGCUGUGGUCAUGACAUCCUUCCUAGAGACGGCCCAGCCGGUGCUGCGGGCCCUGGACGCGCUCCAGCGGGAGGCCACCGAGGAGCUGGGCAGGGCGCUGGCCUUCUUCGGUGAGGAUUCCAAAGCCACCACCUCUGAGGCCUUCUUCGGCAUCUUUGCAGAGUUCAUGAGCAAGUUUGAGCGAGCACUCAGUGACUUGGAAGCUGGGGACGGCCCACGCAGCUCAGGGAUGGUUUCGCCCCUGGCCUGGUGA